GUGGCGGUAAAUCCGCCGCCACCUCCAUCAUGGCUGCCUGCUGUCGCUGUUGUUUGUUUUGAUCGCGCGAAUCGUUUCGCGUCGAGUUUCCCGCGUGACUGGGCCGAUAGCAAGUGUCUCAAAGUGAUCCUGGAUCGUUAUCAGGCGUGUUUUCUGUGAUGUCAUCGCGCGGAAGUGCCGCGGUGCUCUGAAGCGGUCGCUGAAAGUGGCCUGUGACGUGUACAUAACCUCCGAACCUCUCAUCCUUUCCAUCGGCGAACAAGCGGCCUGCUUUUCCGUGGUUGUGUCAGGGGCUAGAGAGAUUGCCACGCACUGCUUACAUUCAAAGCCUGAAAAUGAAGGAAGACUCCGAGCCUUCGCAUGGCGUCGGGAACUCCCAGUGUACAGAGCCUCAGUCCACGCCCCAGCCAGGGCCUACAAUGGAAACACACAAUGUGCAGCCAGUGAUCCCCGACUGUGACUGCGGCUUCACCCAUGCUCAAGAUUCCAAUGCCACUGUACCUCUCAGGCUGCGUAGAGGUGGGUCUCUGGCUCGCACUCUGUACCGCAAGACUGUCGCAGACAACGAGCUGAGACAUAUGAACAAAGCUGUGUGGUACCAGACCAGGCUGGCGGGCUGCUCGGCCGCGGUGAGGGACUGCUUCGUGAGGAUGGACUGCGACGAGGAGACCGAGGCGUUCCUCGCCGACGCCGAGGCCAAGUCCGAGAGCAUCCUGCUGCAGCUCUGGUACUCGCUGGUCAAGCUGCUGCUGGGCUGGUUCUUCACCCAGACGUCCCUCAACGGGUUUCUCGGGCGAGGGUCGAUGUUCGUAUUCUCUGCGGCCCAGUUCGGCCGGCUACUGGACGGACACGUUGGGCGGCCGGGAGGGCGGCUGUUGGACAUCGGUGCGGGAGACGGUGCGGUCACGGUGCGGAUAGAGUCCUACUUUGACCAAGUCUCAGUGACUGAAAUUUCCGCACCAAUGCGGAGGAUACUAGCUCGUAGGAAAUAUAGAAUCCUUGAAAUUGAUAAUUGGGCAGAUGACGGACCCUGGGAUGUGAUUUCCUGUCUCAAUGUAUUAGAUCGCUGUUCAAGACCAACUGACCUCCUUAGACAGAUUCACGAAACUCUGACACCUGGUGGCAGAGCCGUCAUCGCUCUGGUUUUGCCCUAUCAGCCGUAUGUGGAAGUUGGCGAAAACCACGAGCCCGAAGAGCGGAUGCCAAUUCAAGGAAGUUCCUUUGACGAACAGGUGGAGAGCUUUAUUGCACACGUCUUAGAUCCCGUUGGGUUCCUCGUCGACAAGUGGACUCGUUUGCCGUAUCUCUGCGAAGGAGAUUUGAACCAAGCUUAUUAUUGGUUGUCAGACGCCGUGUUUGUUGUGAGAAAAGCGGAGGGUCUAUAAUUAUUUAUGAACUUCUGUUUGAUGAGGCUUCCAAUAAAUCCCACCAUGUGAUA